CUGAAUUUCAAGAUGGCCGCGCCUAUGGCGAUGAUCGUCUUGUGAAUUGUGGAUGAGCAUAAGCUGAAUAGGUACACGUGUACAUGUAGAUAUUCUUCAGUGUGCUCCAAUACCACAAUGUUUCGGCCCCCAGUUGCCUUUCGUUCCCCAGGCCGCCAGGGCUAUGCUGUCCAGUUCUCACCCUAUUUGCCACAGAGGUUAGCUGUAGCAACUUCUCAGCAUUUUGGUAUUGCAGGCAAAGGUAGUUUGUUUGUCAUUGAUGUCUUGCCAGCAGGAGCAGUGCUUCUCAACAGUUAUGAAUGGAAUGAGGGCCUGUUUGAUUUGGCUUGGUCAGAAUGUAAUAAGAACAUCAUUGUGUGUGGCAGUGGUGAUGGCACAGUACAGAUCUGGGACAUCACACAAGCCAAGGGUCCAGUCAAAGCAUUCAAGGAGCACACCAAAGAGGUCUACAGUGUGCAUUGGAGCCAGACCAGAGACCAAAAUUUUGUGGUGACAGGAUCAUGGGACAAAACAGCCAAACUGUGGGAUCCCAAUCACCACCAUUCCCUGGCAACAUUCACUGGUCAUCAACACAUUGUCUAUAGUGCCAUAUGGUCUCCUUAUGUCCCAGGCUGCUUUGCGUCAGCUUCAGGAGACCACACAUUGAGGUUAUGGGAUAUCAAAAGUCCUGGUGCAGCUCGAAUGAUCAUUCCUGCAACAAACUGUGAAAUUGUCACAUGUGAUUGGUGCAAAUAUGACCAGAAUUUACUACUGGCUGGAUCAGUGGAUAGUAAGAUUUGUGGAUUUGAUCUUAGAAACCCCAAAGUACCAGUAUUUCAGCUUGGAGGGCACACACGUGCACUUAGGAGAAUAAAGUGUUCUCCUCACAAGAAGACAGUGCUUGCAUCUUGCUCCUAUGACUUCACUGUUCGGACAUGGGACUUUGCUCUUCAAACUACACCCCUCGAGACCAUCGAACAUCACACAGAGUUUGUUUGUGGGUUAGACUUCAACCUGCACAUCCCUGGCCAGUUGGCAGACUGUGGAUGGGAUGACAGGACCGUUGUAUUCACUCCUAAAUCAUUGCUGGAGAAUCCUGUCCCAGGACCUUCUUGAUCACCAUUCAUAAAUCUAAAUGAAUGAUCGAUAUCCUUCAAAUGAAGCAAUCCCUGAGGUGUAUAUUCAUGUGUAAGUCCUGGUCUAAGACCAAGAAUGCAGUAGUUGUAUUCCUUUGUGAUGUGAAUGUAUACUUACCUCUGAGGUGAUACGACAGAUGACUUUGGUCAUUAUACUGCACCAUCUUCCCUGGAUGCACAUAGCUUGAUUAGCUAACCAUGCCACUAGUCAGAAAUGUUAAGGUGAAUCUGUGCUCCUUCACAAUAGGUUUCCAGGUUCAGUAGUAAGUAUCUAAAUGACAUUGAGCCUUGUGGAUAACACAUGACCCACCAUCAGGCCUGGGACUUGUGUACAUCAACCUCGGUAAGCCAUAAAUUCAUCUAGUAAAAUUACAUGUCCUGGCCAGAUUCAAACAUGCAACUAUCUGUAACCCACUUUUCAACAUCAAAUCCACAGUGCUAAGAUAUCAGGGGUCAAUUUCAAAGUACUUACAUGUACAUUGCAAUUCAUAGAAAAUGACAGUGGAUAGUAGGCUGUUACUAAUUAUGAUGGUUGAUACCAAUUAUUUCAGGAAUGUUGUCAUGUGUAGUUGAAUGCAUUGUUUAUUUUCAUGGCAAUACUUUCUGUAAAGGAGUCACUGGUUCACCUUAAACACAAGCAGUGUCUUUUAAGAGCUGAAUUCAUUCAUAAGGGCAAUCCGUUAUAUAUAAUUAACAUCUCCCCAACGCAAAAAUACAUCUUGAAAAUAGUUCGCGUUACCCGCUGCUUUAUUU